UGGAACGCGGAGAAAGAGAACAUGCUACACGCACACAAAUCCUACCCAUUGUCUUUUAACACUUGCAUACACACUCAUACACGUAAACACACGGGAAGAUGGGGGAGGGGACAGAGUGGCGAGAGACAGACACGGAUAUAGACCGACAAGAGUCAUUGCGAGUCAAGUUAAAGCUUUCUCCGCCCCCAUCCAUAAGUACCCCCUCCCGUGCUAAUUGAUUCCAAACAAAGCAAGCCAAUCAAGAGAUGCAUGAUUAUAUUCAGGCCGAGGGAGACGAGAAGCACGUAUUUUUUAAUUGAUUUAUUUAUUUGGAGGGCAUUAAUUCUCGGUCUGAGGCUGAUUUUCAAACCGUUUGCAAAGCGCGGCUCCAUUGUUCGCCGGGAGCGCAGGCCCCGCCUCCUGCUUUGUGUGCGGCGCACGGAUUGGCCAGCGCGCGCGGGGGCCGCGUCAGCGCCCGCGAGCCCAUUCAUCUGUGCACUUGGGCGUUGGACCCCGCAUCUUAUUAGCAACCAGGGAGAUUUCUCCAUUUUCCUCUUGUCUACAGUGCGGCUACAAAUCUGGGAUUUUUUUUUUAUUACUUCUUUUUUUUUUAAACUACACUUGGGCUCCUUUAUUGUGCUCGACUUUUCCACCUUUUUCCCUCCCUCCUGCGCUGCUGCUUUUUGAUCUCUUCGACUAAAAUUUUUUUAUCCGGAGUGUAUUUAAUCGGGUCUCUUCUGUCCUCCUCGCCACCCCACCCCCUCCCUCCGGUGUGUGUGCCGCCGCCGCUGUCGCUGCCGCCGCCGCUGCUCGCCCCGUCGUUCCACCAACCCAAGGCUCUUUGUUUCCUCUCUUGGAUCUGUUGAGUUUCUUUGUUGGAGAAGCCAGCAUGGGUGCCCAGUUCUCCAAGACCGCAGCGAAGGGAGAAGCCGCCGCGGAGAGGCCCGGGGAGGCGGCUGUGGCCUCGUCGCCUUCGAAAGCAAAUGGGCAGGAGAACGGCCACGUCAAAGUGAACGGGGACGCGUCGCCCGCGGCCGCCGAGCCGGGCGCCAAGGAGGAGCUGCAGGCCAACGGCAGCGCCCCGGCCGCCGACAAGGAGGAGCCCGCGGGCGGCGGCGCCGCGUCCCCCUCGGCGGCCGACAAGGACGAGGCGGCGGCCGCGGCGGCCCCGACGGGCGCCGCCGACAAGGAGGCCGCCGAGCCCGAGCCCGCCGAGCCCGGCUCCCCCGCCGCCGCCGCCGAGGCCGAGGCCGCGUCCGCCUCCUCCACGUCGUCGCCCAAGGCGGAGGACGGGGCCGCGGCGUCGCCCAGCGGCGAGACCCCGAAAAAAAAGAAGCGCUUCUCCUUCAAGAAGUCCUUCAAGCUGAGCGGCUUCUCCUUCAAGAAGAACAAGAAGGAGGCGGGCGAGGGCGCUGAGGCCGAGGGCGCCGCCGCCGAGGGCGCCAAGGACGAGGCCACGGCAGCGGCGGCCCCCGCGGCGGGCGAGGCGGCCCCGGGGGAGCAGGCGGGCGCCGAGGGCGCGGCGGCGGCGGCGGCCGGGGAGGCCGAGGCGGCGGAGGCCGAGCAGCCCGAGCAGCCGCCGGCGACCCAGGAGCCCCAGGCCGAGGAGGCCUCGCAGGCGGCGGGGGAGAAGGCGGAGGAGGCCGCGCCCGGCGCCGCAGCCGCAGCCGCAGCCGCCACGGCGGGCGACGCGCCCUCCGCCGCCGGCCCCGAGCACGAGGCGCCCGCCGAGGACCCCGCGGCCUCCGCCGGCCCCGCCGCGUCGCCCGAGCCGCAGCCCGAGUGCAGUCCGGAGGCGCCCGCCGCGGCCGCCGAGUAAGCGCGAGCGAGCCUCCCGCGCCGGCCAGAACUCUUCCCCUCGUUUGUUUGUUGGAGUGGUGCCAGGUACUGGUUUUGGAGAACUCGUCUACAACCAGGGAUUGAUUUUUAAAGAUGUCCUUUUUUUCUUUUCUUUUUUAAUUUUCACGGUUUUUUUUCCUUAAGCAGCCAAUUUUGUUCAUUUUUUUUUUUUUAAGUAUCCCCCCUCCCCCUUUCCCACAGAUUCCCAUCUCAAAUCAUUGCUACCACCAUUCCGACAGGUCGAGGACAGUGUAGACAGCUUCCUCCGCCUUCUUUCUUUGUGUUUAAUUUUUUUUUUUUUUGCAUCAGUAUUAAUGUUUUUUGCAUACUUUGCAUCUUUAUUAAAAAAUGUAAACUUUCUUUGUCAAAUCUAUGGACGUGCCCAUAUAUGAAGGAGAUGGGUGGGUCAAAAAGAAAUAUCAAAUGAAGUGACAGGGGCCACUAUGGGAAAUUGGAGCAGUGUAUAACAUUGCCAAGAUAAUAUGCCACUAGAAAUGAUGGUGUAAAGGCUUAGUUUUUUUUUUUUUUUUUUUUUUUUUUUUUUUAUUUUUUAAAGAAAAGUUAUUACGAUGUAUUUUGUGAGGCAGGUUUACAACACUACAAGUUUUGAAUAAGAAGGAAAGAGGAAAAAAUAAAUAAAAACAUCAAUACCCAGAUUUAAAAAGAAAAAAAAGAUCAUAUAGUCUUAGGAGUUCAUCUAAAUCAUAGGAACUUCUCGCUUAUCUCCUGUUAGCUGUACCAGUCAGUGAUUAAGUAGAAUUACAAGUUGUAUAGGCUUUAUUGUUUAUUGCUGGUUUAUGACCUUAAUAAAGUGUAAUUAUGUAUUACCAGCAGGGUGUUUUUAACUGUGACUAUUGUAUAAAAACAAAUCUUGAUAUCCUUCAGAAGCACAUGAAGUUUGCAACUCUCCACCCUGCCCAUUUUUGUAAAACUGCAGUCAUCCUGGACCUUUUAAACACAAAUUUUAAACUCAACCAAGCUGUGAUAAGUGGAAUGGUUACUGUUUAUACUGUGGUAUGUUUUUGAUUACAGCAGACAAUGCUUUCUUUUCCAGUUGUCUUUGAGAAUAAAAGAAAAACAAAUCUUCAGAUGCAAUGGUUUUGUGUAGCAUCUUGUCUAUCGUGUUUUGUAAAUACUGGAGGAGCUUUGACCAAUUUGACGUAGAGCUGGAAUGUAACUUUGCUUACAAACAUUGCUAUUCAACUCCUGCUUAAGGUGUUCUAAUUUUCUGUGAGCACACUAAGAGCAAAAAAAUAAAUGUGAAUAAAAUGUACAAAUUUGUGGUGUUUUUUUAUGUUCUGAGGCUGACUUCUAGGUUAAUUUUUAGGAAGACCUUGCAUGCCAUCAGAAGUACAUUUGGUUGUGGUUUCUUAUAUGACCUUUUCAAGCUCUGAAGUUCACAAAUCAGUGUCAGAUUACUUAUGUAGGAAGGUCUUGUACGUGUGUCGAUUGUUACCAUUUAUCUGCUUUUAGUUUGCAUUUAAAAAUUGAAAAUUACUUUUACUGUAGUUAUUUUAUAGCAUGCCAGAUGAAGUCACUUAAGACAAAUGUGGCUCGACCCUAAGACUAUUUAAAAUGUCUUAUGAGACCAUUUUAUAAUCCAUUUUCUUGUCAUGCAGGUCCAGAAAUUUAAAUUUUAUAACCAAUAAGAGUGUUGACUUCAGGCUGCACAUAAGUCAUGAAAAGAUGGACAGACAUGUUUACAUGUUGGUGGUAUAUAGCCUGCUAGUAUAAGGCUUAGCAUUUGGCUAAUUUCUAAAACAUUGCUUAAAUGUUGUGCUACACUUUAAGAAAAUAGGUUUCUAUAUGGAAUUAAUGGUGUUGAAUGGACAGCAUUGUCGGUUUAUGGACCAUUCGCAGAACUGCAAACUCUUUUUUUUUAAUCGAAGUGUUGGCAUCUUGUUAUUCAAAAGGAAAGAUGCUUCUUUAUAUAUUAAUUCUUACUAGUUUACUUUCUCCUAACUGGAUGUUUUUACUGGACCCUAAACUGAUUGAGUUUAUGGCCAUUGCUGUAUUAAAUGCAAAGUAGUCCACCUGUUGUGCUGUUGUUGAACAGGGUGUGGUUCAUGCUGAACCACACCUGUGACAGCACCUCAAGAUUACAUCGUAUUAAUAAAGAAUAAUAGCUUAGCUUUUCGAUAAUGCUGUAAUUGAAAUAAUGGAUCAAAAUUAAUGGUUUCUUUUCUUUCUAAACACCCUCCCCACUAAUGCAACCAAGUAACAUUUGGAAAGAGGAAACUUGAUCCUGAUUUUGGAAGAUCGAAGUCAAACCUGGUAACCAAAGGACUGAUUUGUGGGUCUUUCCCACUUUAACCAACUUGUUUGAAAAUCCCUAGUUGGCCAAGUAUGGUGCCUGGUGUGUAGUAGGACUCAACUGAAAUGGGUUUUGAAAAGUAACUCCUAAAGUGAGUAAUUGAAAAUACUGUUUAGAAAAUGAUUCUAUAUUGCUGGGUUUGUUCUUUUAUCAGCUCGGGUUAUUAAGAUGCAUUAUUUUGAUUUUAAUCACUGCCUAAGACACUCUGGGUGGUAUCGGUGGAGUGGCGGAUUUUCCUCCAAGUGACUAAAUACAAUUUGACAUACUUUUCAUCCAAAGUUUUGUACAUCCUGUUGUUUUCUAAUGGAAAAAAAAAAUGUUAAUAUGGCUUUUUUGUACUACUAAAAAUAGCUUUGAGAUUAAGGAAAAUAAAUAACUCUUGUACAGUUCA